AGCGGGAAAAAACAUAUCGAAAACAUCUUGAACCUCUCUCGUCUGAGCCCCUUUCGUUUUGGUUUGUUGCCAUAGCUCAUCAUCCUCAUCUCUCUGAACUCCACACAAGCUUGGAUUUUGCCACCAACCCACCUCGUUAUUCCUGGGGAAUUUCAAAACCCUGCAAUUUUUUUCUUCUGGGUUCCCAAUCCCUCACCACAACACUGAAACCCUAGGGUUUUCUCUGUGUGUGUUUGGUUGCCGGAAAUUGCCGAAAUUACUAUGAUUUGUGCAGCAAUUCUGGCCAACGAAGAUGACUAGAGACAAUCCGGAACCAGCAGGUGGAGGAUUCCACACGGUUCACGCCGAGCGGGACCUUCAAUCCAAUUGGGAAGUUGACCUCGCCAAGAAACUUGAGGAUUAUCUGCUGAAAAUCUGCUCCGGCGAGAUCACCGGCGAAGAAGAAGGUCACAUUCCUGUGAAUUUCGCUGAAGCUGCUCUUCUGCUUCAGGGUUCCAUUCAGGUGUAUAGUCGAAAGGUGGAAUAUCUCUACAGCUUGGUACUAAAGGCUUUGGAGUUUCUCUCUCAGAAAAGACAGCAGGAGCAUGUAGAUGGGACAUCAGCCCAACCUGAAGAGAGUGGUCCCUCUGCUGUUGCUGAUGAAGAAAAUGAUGAAUUCUGGGGCUUAGAUGACAUCCCAGUUGAGGAAAAGAAUUCCUUGGAUGCUUCAACAGGCAAAGAAGUGAACUUGGAUCAAUUUAUAAAACCCCCUGCAAAUCUAGUUGUUCUUGAAGGUGACUGCUUGGAUGCUGUUGGUGAUGGAGGAGAAUUGGAGUCUUAUCUGUUGUCCACCACUGACUUGUACCAGGAUUUCAUUUUAUUGGACUCAUCUGAUGCUGUUGCAGUUGAUGAGUUUCUGAAGGGUAGAAAAGCUGUUAUGACACAAAAUGGUACAAGUAGAGGAUUCUCAAAUCGUAAAAGCUUUCUAUCUCCAAGACGUACUGGGGGAAGUGCUCAUAGAGCAUCAGCUGCAAAGAGUCCGCGUGCUAAUUCCAACUGCUCUCCUAAAAAUUUAAAUUUUGAUGACAACAAUGCUGGCCCCAGUUCUCCUGUUUCUGCUGGUCUUGAUAACUGUGACUUCGGAUUUAAUAUGAAUGACGGAUUUGAUACUUCGAGGGAUUCAGACAAUUCAGAUGCAGAUGGUGAUGACCCAUGGAAACCUUUGAAUCCCCAUGAACCAGGAAACUUGAGAGUGAAGCCCUUUAGAAAAGUGAAAGCUUUAAGAAAGACUGCCAUCAAUGUGACGCGUCCAAUAUCUACUAGCACUUUGUUUCCACCAGCAAAAUUGCAUGGUCCUGUCAGCCCAGAGCUCAUGGAAUUGUGGGAGAUGCGACAUCCUGCCCAUGAACGAGAAAAAGAAUCUCAACCUCCUCCACCCUUAUAUGAGAAGCUGAGGCAAUCUCUUAUUAAUGAGGAGAAUGAAACUGGUGGAAUUUUUUUUAACUCUGAAGCAGACAAUGAUGACAACGAAUACGAUAGUGGAAAUCCUGAUUUUGAUAUGCCUGGCAGUGCCUUCAUGGAUGAAGAUCUACCUCCUGGCAAUAACGAGCAUGGAGUUGACGAUGCUCAUGUCAAUGUUGAUGAAGAAUUUCCAAAUUCUCAAACAAGUAUGGAAGAUCUUUGCCGCUCUCACCUGAAUGCUCUCCUAGCUAGCAUAGCUGAAAAUGAGAAGCAAACUGAAAUGGCUGCUAGGGUUUCAACGUGGAAACAAAGAAUUGAGCACAACUUAGAAGAACAGGAUUCACACCCACCAUUUGAUAUCCAAGACUAUGGUGCAAAAAUCCUUGACAAACUAUCCCUUGAAUCAAGCAGUGGCGGAGGUGUCCUGUCCUUUUCUGAUUUGGUAAAGGGUCAAGAAAAGUAUGAUGUAUCCAGAAGUUUUUCUGCACUUCUUCAACUGGUAAACAAUCGAGACGUAGAUCUAGAAAGAAAUGGAUUUGAAGGGGGUUCUGUUUGCUACACCACUGAUAAUCCAUUUCAUGUUAAGCUCCUUGAGAAUGAUAAGAACCGGGAGAACAAGCAGCCGCCGCUGUUGUCAAAAAAGAGACAGAAGUCUCCAACGAAAAAACCACCUACAAAAGGCGGUGAUGCGAACAAAACCAGAAGAGAUAAGUCUCCCUCCGCGAGUUCAGGUUCUAGGAAAUCUGGAUCAUCAGGGGUGUCGGCACCUGGAAAUUGUAAGUUCUCUGUGAAGCUUGGAAAGGUGAGUAGUGGCAUAAGGCUCUCCCCUGAAUCUAAGAGAAGGCGUAGAUCUCAGUAUGCGGAACCAGUUAACUCAUCUUCAGCAGGUUGAUGGGAUGGUUCAAUUCAAGACAUUUGCUUGAUGUCAUAGACUUAGUUGUGAAGUAAAUUACAAACCUAGUUUUCAUUAGAUACUAACAUCCAUUAGUUUUCACCUGUAUCAUUAUUGGUUUUGGCGACAUUAACAUAUUGAUGUAAUAAUUUCGCCUUGUACAAGAUGCAUUCUUAGCAAUGUAAUACCUUUUGUCAUACUUUGGGCGAUGCGUAUGGAGAAUGAUUUGUUGGGAGAGAUA